AGUGGCAGUCCUUUAUUCACAAUGUGACACGUGCCAAUCAGACCGGGAACCUCCAGCUGGACAUGAUUCACACCCUACUCGCAAUUACUAGUUCAGGAUGAGCAGGCUGGGAAGAGAAGGUAUAUCGAGCGAAGUCCCCUCGUCUCUGUGAACCCCUUCUUGAUGAAAAUCCUUGAAUCGACCACGGUACGUUCCUGAGAGUCCAGUUGCUUUCCAUCAACAUGCCGAUCAGAACUCGAGAACACCUAGCAACAAGACUUCCGACCUUGAAGCCUCAACUAAAUCCAACUCCAAAUCCACUUGCUCUCCUGCGAGAGUUAUCGCUCUUCCAAUGGCUCUUCUUCUUGGUUGGAUUCUUUGCUUGGACUUGGGACGCGUUUGAUUUUCAUACUGUCACCCUCACCUACCCCGAGCUUGCGGACACGUUCAACAAAAAGUCCUCCGAGAUCUCAGUGGCAGUUACUCUGGUGUUAAUGUUCCGACCGCUGGGUGCUGCAAUAUUCGGCUUUCUUUCGGAUAGAUAUGGUCGUAGGUGGCCAUUCGUGGUCAAUUGCGUUCUGUUGAUAAUCUUCGAACUUGCGACUGGAUUCUGUAACACCUACCGACAAUUUUUGGCUGUACGGGCAAUGUUUGGUAUUGCUAUGGGUGGCAUUUAUGGAAAUGCAGCUGCAACAGCCCUCGAGGACUGUCCAGAGGAAGCAAGAGGACUUAUGUCAGGCGUGUACCAGAGCGGUUGCCCUUUCGGGUAUUUGCUGGCGACAGUAUUCUGGAAAGCGUUCGAUGAUAAGACGCCGCAUGGUUGGAGGCCACUGUUUUGGUUUGGAGCUGGGCCACCUGUUCUGCUCAUCAUAUUUCGAUUAUGUCUACCCGAAACGGAUGCGUACAGCAAGCGGCUUCACUCGCGCAACGAGAAAGCAACUGCUAGAGGUGCAGUCGCAGAAGUGAAAAUAGCGGUAAGAAUGCAUUGGCCACGAUUGAUCUAUUUGGUGUUGUUUAUGGCUGGAUUCAACUACAUGUCCCAUGGCACGCAAGAUAUCGUUGCUCUGAUGCUCAAGAACAAAUAUGAUUUCUCAGCUACCAAGAUCACGCGUGUGAUUGUAAUAGCUAAUAUCGGUGCGAUAACUGGGGGUGCCAUAAUCGGCUACUGCAGCCAGAUUUUCGGACGCCGCGUCUCCAUCAUCGUUAUGUGCAUCCUAGGUGGCUCUCUCCUCUACCCGUACACUUCAACUUCUGGGCCUGGUAUCUACGCAGCAUUCUUCUUCCUACAAUUCUUCGUACAAGGAGCAUGGGGAAUUGUUCCAAUCCACCUUAUCGAGCUGUCACCGCCAGCAAUUAGGACUUUUGUGGUGGGCACAUCAUACCAAUUGGGAAACCUCAUAUCUGCUGCUUCAAAUACAAUCGAGACAACGAUUGGUGAACGGCAUUCGUUGCCUGAUAAGCUGGAGCAUGGAGAAGUUAUUCAUGUUUAUGAUUACAGUGUCGUGAUGAGGAUCUUUACGGCAUGUGUUUUUGUGUAUGUUAUUUUCAUCACAUUUCUGGGUCCGGAGGAGCUAGGGAGAAGCAUGAUUGAGGAUGACGAGGAGGAGAGCUCUGAUGAGAGCGAGGAUAAUGGUCCUCAAGACCAGGUUAGAUUGGAGUCUGGGAAUUGGGCCUGAACUUUUGAGGUAUGGGCAGAAACUUGGGGAUAAGCAAGUCCGCCAGUUGACAAGCGAGAAAAAUUGGAGCUCAUGUUGGGUGUGGAAAAACUCGCGAGAACCGCAGCUACAAAUAAAGAUAUCUAUCUGCAUGGAAG